AUGGCUUGUUCUAGUGGUGGUGAUCAAGGAGCUGAAUCUAAAUGCUCCAUCAAGCGGGAUCCUAGUGGCUACUUUAACAACCCAUUUCCUGAGUUUAGGUUCCUAUCUCCUUUUGAACUUUUCAAGUUAGCCCGUGCAAAAAACAACAAAAACUUGCCUUCCACAGAGGAAGAAAUCGAUCAGACCUUGCCUUACAAAAAGAAUUUCGAUGAUGUUGAUUCAAAAAGCCAGAACACAGUCACUUGGAUUGGACAUUCCUCAUGUUUACUAAAAAUGUCAGGAAUCUAUAUCCUGACUGAUCCAGUAUUCAGCCAGAAAAGGAAACGAUUCCGUCAACCUGGAUUGAGUCUUGAGGAGAUUGAUAAAGUGGAUGCGGUUGUUAUCAGUCACGACCACUACGACCAUCUUGACUAUAAUUCUGUUAUUGAUAUAAACAAGAGAUUUCCUUCAUCACAAUGGUUUGUACCUCUUGGUUUAAAGAGUUGGUUCGAAUCGUCAGGUAUCCGAUCUGAGAGUAUCCACGAAAUGAAUUGGUGGGAAGAAAAAUCCCACACUUUUCAAGAAGGAGAGUUGACGUUCACGUGUCUUCCAGCGCAACACUGGUCUAUGAGAAUAGCGCCAGGGAUUGAUAUGAAUUACAGUCUAUGGUGCGGUUGGCGGGUGAUGUCGAGUGAAAAGAAUGUUUACUUUGCUGGUGAUACUGGCUACAAUAAUAGGAUCUUCAGACAGAUUGGUAAUCACUGUGGACCUUUUGACCUGUCUCUGAUCCCAAUUGGAGCAUAUGAACCUAGGGAGUACCUAAAAUGUCAGCAUGUGAAUCCUGAAGAAGCUGUUAAAGUUCAUGAUGAGGUGAAUAGUAAAUUAUCUCUGGGGAUCCACUGGGGUACCUUACGACAAGGAAAAGAGCACUAUCUGGCACCACCAAGGGACUUGAAAUAUGCUCUAGAAGUUGCAAAUAUUAAUGAAGCUAAGUUUGUGACCUUUCAGCAUGGCGAGUGUAGGGAGAUUUAGAUUUUAGAAAGUACAUACCUAGAUCAAUUGUUUUGUAAAUGUUUUGUAAAUCGGUGUUUUAGAUAAUUAUAUUAUGUUGAGAUUGUUUAUUAAAGUAUUCUCCAGAAAAUUGUCACAGUGGCCACAUUUGUAUAAACAACUUCUGAAGCAACAUUAUUGUGUUUGCCUUAAAACUGAUUUUUGUAUAUUUUUCAGCUUUUGUAAUUUGUAACGUUAAUUUAUGCAGAAAAGUUUAUAUUUACUCAAUUAUGUAAUACGAAGAAAGAAAAUUCCCCUAUUAAACAAUAAGCUAUUGUCGUGUCAGAAUUCAUGAAUCAAAAAUGAUCAUUG